AUGGGCCCGAGCCGCUGGACGCCUCGGACGACGUCGGCGGUCGAGCGGAUGGACGCGGCGGCGAUGCUGCCGGGCGAGAACGGGCAGCAGCUGACCGUGACGGACUACGCGCCCGGCGACUCUUACCAGCUGCACGUCGACUCCACGUUCGCCAUCGGCCGUGUGGCGACGGCGCUGCUCUUCUUGCGCGCGCCCGAGGAGGGCGGCGAGCUCGUCUUCCCGCGCGUCGAGGAGCUCUUCGCGCGCAGCUCCGUGCCGCGGUUCGACGAGCUGGGCGAGGCGGCGGGCGGGCUGUGCAACCGCUCCUCGGGCUCGCUGAUGAUCGAGCCGCGCGUCGGGCGGCUCGUCGUCUUCUUUUCGCACGACCCGAUGGGGCGCACGCUGCGGCCGCGGUCGCUGCACGGCUCCUGCCCGGUGCGGCGCGGGGAAAAGAGCAUCGCGCAGAGGUUCUACCAGUGGCACGCGCUCGGCAGCGCGAACCUGCUCGGAGACUUGAUCGCGCAGGUGGAGAAGGCGCGGGGCAAGAGCUGGUUCGUGGACUGGCGCGUUGACGGCGUCGCCGAGGAGGAGGCUUUCCUGGGCCCCUGA